AUGUGUGCUACCUUGGUCUUCUUGGCCGUACAGGCCAACCAAGACCCUGUUUAUGUGGAACCUGGAACCGAAAAUAUUGUGGACGAAACUCAGAAGUCCAUUCAAGAUUUGUUCAAAAUGACCGCUAAGCCUUCAGACAAAUAUUCGGGAGAGACUUGCUCUGAUGGGAUAGCUCGUCCAAAACGCGAAGCUUUGGAAUACGUGCCUUGCAAUGACCUGAAGGAAUGCUCUAUUCCUCAUUGCUUUUGCACUACCAAAGGCAUCUGGCCACCAUUCCGUGGGGUCAAAAACGAACACGACUUUCCCAUUCUACCUCAAGUGGUGGUCUUAGCCUUGGAGGGGGCAGUCACUCCCAACAACGUCAGGUUGUUCCGGGAAAUAUUUGACGCCGGCUUGAAUCCGGAUCAGUGCAUGAUCUCGGGCACUGUCUUUACUCCUCUCAAGGACAGCAAUUUUGUUCUUUUAAACGAGUUGGAUAGCAGAGGUAACGAAAUCGCCUUCCUACCCGGUCAUUUCACUCAAAACGACGAAGGUUACGCUGUUAUAGACAAUGAAUUCAAUUUCUCCAGAGUGGUUGAGCGAUACUCUGCCCUCCAUCAACCCAUCAUUGGAGUGAAGUUGCCCUCGGACAUUCUUGUAUCCGAGGAGCAUUACCCCUCAGUAAGUGCCCAUCGGUACGUCUACGAUGCCACUCUGAGGGCGCCCCUGCGUUAUUCUCCCGAUAUGAAGGCUUACGAACCCCCUGUUUGGCCAUACACGCUUCAUGCAGAGAUUCCUCAUGCCUGCGAAGAGCAUGCCCCUUAUACGUGUCCAUCGCGAUCCUAUUACUUAUGGGAGGUUCCCUCGAACGAAUUUUCUUCGCCCAUUCCAGGCGCAUGCCUGUCCUUGGAAAACUGCCCUGGUCAUCCUACUCGUAACUCGACCUUGUUCGUUCAAUUGUUAGAAACGCAAUUGCAACGCUCGUUGAAGACGAACCGCGCUCCGGUUGUAUUACAUAUCAGGAUCGAGACCCUGGAAAGAAGUCGAUCCCAUCGCUUGAGGCUGCUUCAAUGGAUCAAGGAUACCCUACAAACCCAUAGCGAUGUGUAUUUUAUCAGUGUUCGGAGGAUGCUUGAAUGGAUCUUGAGCGACAAUGGCAAAACCGAAUGGCAACCCAUUGGUAAGAGCGGGGUUUGCACGGCUGACUCGGUGAAGACCAACUGUGCUCCGGAGUAUAUCAAUCUUGAUGCGGAUGCCCAAACCUACUUUGGAAAUAGAGAAUUCUUGCCCUUUUGCCGUCAGCAGACCUUUAGCAACGUCGAAGAACCCCUUGGACAAGACUGA